AUGGCAUUGUGGAGAAGGGAGAGGUUCAUCAUCCUCGCCUUCUUGUGCUGCGUGUCUCCCUGCAGCAUUCAGCUCCCAAGAAGCUUAAAUAGCUUGCUGCGCAGACGUGGCAAUGCAGCCAACAUGCCAAGGUUUGGGCUCGCACUCGCGCUGGUCGCCUCACUAGCUCCAGGAAUCAAGGAGCUCCCCUCCCAGGACUGCGCGGCAGGGCCACUGCCUGCCGGCUGUGCCCAAGGCCGCCUCCGGGCACUGGACUGGCAGCUGUAUCUCAGAAUCCUUUGCAAUGAAGUGUCGCGCUCGUUGGCCAGAGAUGCGGUGCUCCAGGCUUUGGCGCACUUCGAUGCAGAGAGUGCCAACAGCUGCCCAGAAGGUUUUGCUGUUACAAUGCUGGCCCUGUGCGCCUCAGGAGCUUCAGAAUUCGAUGACAUGAUUGUUCGCUUCAAGCCGGAUGGCACUGCCCACUUCCUGAUCCUGGCUUGGGACCUGCAAACAGGAAGCGCCGUGCUGGAUCACUGGUCGGCCAUGCUUCCCGCCAAGCUUGUGCUGCAGCCGCCUUGGCCGCCCUGGAAAUAUCCUGGAGCCUUUGAAAGCCUACGCCAGGCGCAGGACUUAUCAUACCUAGCAGAGAUGGAUGAUUCCUGGACGUGCGACGAGCGAGCCCUGGAGUUUUUGGGCUGUCAGACGGCUUCCCAGUUGCUGCACCUGCUUUGCAGCUCCUGCACGGCCCAAGGUUUGCCGUGCUGGUUCAGCGCAGAUCUAGUUCAUCACAUUUCGAUCGAGCUCAAGGCCCUGCGCUCUAGCCGAAUGUCCAGGAUCGGCUGCGGCCAUGCGCAGCUGGCCGCCUUGCUGGCCUUGAAUGGGCAAUCUGGCACUGCCCCUCAGACAGAUCCGCAGAUCUAUCGUGUAUAUCACGACGAUCGUCCAAUCCUUGUCAUGCACAGUACCUUCAAGCGAGUUGCGGGAGAUGCUGACAAUUUGUUUGCAUUGAACAUACCAAUGAUGAGAUUGUCACCUUUCCCCUUCCACACCGGAAUGCUGCGAAGCGCCCGCAUUGGGGUGGAAUCGCCAUUUGACUUGUAUCAGGACGCACUUAGCAUCGUGUCGCAAUCUCUUGAAAGACAUGGGAUUGGCCACGUUAUCCUUCCUGGAGAUGCCUCUGCCGGUCUCCCGCGACAUAGUGCGCUGCAAUCAAUAUUUUUGGAGGUGCUGGACAAGCCUUUAGAGGAGCAUUUGGAGACAUCCCUUGAAGCAAAUCUUCAGCGUGAGCUGCAAGGUCCAUGGCGGUUGGUGAAGGUGACACCAGGCUUGUGGCAAGUUGGAGAAGAACCCUAUCGCUUCAGCCCGCGUGCUGAUGUUGCGUUCCGCACCUUCUGCCAAGAGUGCGUUUACAUUUCUCUGUACUUCUACUUGAAGGAGGCUGGAUUUGUCCUUCCACUGGCACCCUGGGUGCCCUGCCGAUUGCCUUGGCAUCGACUUUUCCCUGUCAAACGUCAGGCGGGCUUACCGAUGGCUGCAGACAAUUCCUGGCUUCGCUUGAUGCAGCGAGGCCCGCCUUCGCUGCACAGAUGUUCGCAGAGUGCAAGGCGGGUCUCGAUGGAGGAGCUGGAAGAGCCAGAUUUGCUGCCAGACUUUGACAUCUCGGAUGGCGUGCAUGCUGAAAUGGGACUCUAUGACUUGAUGAGACAGCGCGAGGACAGCGAGCAGAGUGGGUUGCAUCGCUUCUCUGACAAGAUCCAGUUCAAAACAUGGAUGCUGGAGGAAGGGAUUCCAAUACCAAAGAUCUUCCACUUGUCGAGCGAGUCACCAGAAGUGCUGUCGGUUUUGCAGACUAUCCCAGGGCAGCAAUAUGUUGUCAAGCCUACCCACUUGGCAGCAACAAGCUAUGUGUAUGUGAUGAAAGAUGGUAAGAACCUGGUGAGCAACCAGGAGGUGGCGAUGGAAGAAAUUGAAUCUGGCCUCCGUCAAGCAUGGAACGACAGGCACUUGGACGACUGGGCGACAGAAUCUACACGCCCCGGAGUGAUUGUGGAGGAGCUGGUGGAAGCAGACAACCGACUUGGCACGCCUGAUGAGAUGAAAUGCCAGACAUUCUGGGGCAAGCUGCUCUUUUGCGAGUGGACAUAUGUAAAGAACAUGUCCUCUGGAUCAGAGGGCCGGGCGCAUUUUGACGAUGCAAAUCUUCAUGGGAAUCGAGCCCAAGCAGCGAUGGGCCACAAGGCCUGCGGCAUUCCAAACUUUGCAUCGCUGGGUUACAUUUUCCGCGAUGGCAGCUGCCUGGACUGUGCUGAGCCAGUCCCUUUGUCCAAUCAGGUCUGGCGCCAGCUGGUGCAGACUGUGGAGCACAUUGCGCGGGGUACUGACCACAUUCGGAUCGAUAUUUUUGUAGCAGGUGGGCGAUUCCUGGUGAAUGAAGCAAACAUCAGUUUUUUGAAGAUCUCAAAGUUCCCAGCGGAGCUCAUCGAGGAGAUGUCGAAGUAUGCCGCCAAUACUUUGUGCACCUUCAAACACGGGUUUUGCCCAGACUGCACCUGGGUGCCGGUUGCAGCAGCUUCCAGCGUGUGGUUGGCCUGCAUAUGUGUGAUGGCCAUCGCUGUCAAUUGGGAAGACUGCGUAAGGCAUUACCGUACUUGGCAGCGGCAGCAUGGGGUCUUCACUCUGGCACAAGGCGGCGGACAGGCCGACUAUGCCGCAGAGCAGCGCCGACUUGGUCACACCCCGGUUUGA